GCCCAUGAAAACUGGGAGUCAGCAGCCUAUUUGCUACUUGACAUCUGAUUGAUUAAACCCAGUGGCCCCCGUGUUAACAUUAGCACUUCUCAUCACUCGUUGAAAACACAAAGGCCGUGGUGGCUAUGUUCAUUGGCCCAAACAUGUCUCAAUCGAUACUGAGAUGGCAUGCAUCGAUACUGGCGGGGGCCUCUCAGCUUUGCAGCAACAUUGCAGCACCACGGCUCGAUCAACUCGGAAUAUGUGUGUCACUAUCAUUAACUGGAGAUGUGUACAAUCGAGAUAAAUAAAACAAACACAUCCGGAAACAAUUUGCUAACGUCUGACUUGCUAGUAUGCCAGACUGAAGGCCGAUACCCUUGCCGUGCCAUGUGUUUGUUUGGGAAUUUGGUUGCGCCGAGCAACCGGAUGAAACAUGAGCUAUAGCUUGUUGACAUUUAAGGAUGAAACAUGGCUGUUUAAUGCAAUGCCUUCUGCUUAGACGUGAUAUUACCACAAUAUCAUUGAUACCGUAGAAUACUGUCUCACACAAUAACUUCAGAAAUAUUAAGCGUUGAACUGUGGCUGGCUAUCCAGCUUAUCGCCAACGUCUAUCCCGAUUAGCUAACUGUAUACUACAACUCUGUGCGAUAAUAAUAACACCACCACCACUUAGCAAAACUGCAAAGGCGAUUGAUAAGCACAAAUGUACGAAAAAUCGUAUAAGUUAUCCAUCAUAGGCUGGCAAGUCCCAGGUCAGGUGAAAUUGCGUAUCUGAAGCUCGAAAUCUGUCUUGACGUUGGCUGCAACAUCACCAUAACUCAAGAAUAACCACACACGACUGCGGAGAAAACCGAAACGAAUGGUGGUACUACAUGUGGGUUGGCCUACAACACCUGAAAUAAUCUAGUCUUUACUAGUCAAUUUUCAGACAUGCUAGUUGAUGUGACAAACAUAGCACGGACGUCAGUUAGUUGCGGUUUUGAUAAACCACCAUCAACAUACCGUAUGCUAAAUUUAGCCUGUUGGCUAGUUAACAGAUAACAUUAGCAGGCUACUGCAUUUUGAUACAGUAUUCAAUUACCCAAAGGCACAGUUUCCUAGUGAGAUUACAACACUACUUAAGUGCACAAACUCCGAUGCAACACGAGUAGUUUUAUGCAGAAAAUGGCACACCUUCGUGGUCACCUGCCUGAGACCAAAGUCUAACGUUUCCAGUUAGCAGGUUGAUAAGCUUACCAUUGCACACACUAUCCUUGGUGAAAUGAGCAAAGUAAGAGUAGCAUGAAUGCCAGAAACUCAUGUGUUACCACUGUUAGGGUGUCAGCAAGGCCACAAUCAAAAGCUUUAUGCUUUAGUCAAGGCAAUGUAAAAUGAUGCACCGUCGUGAUACACCAAUCCCAUGACCGUCCCUGUCCCACAUACAGACCGACCCAGGCAGCACAAUUCUCUCCUCAACCUCCCGAGUUCCCCGGGCCGUUCAAUGCCUAACACUGCAGAAAGCCAAGGAGAGAACAUAGCUGACACUAGCGUUCAGGCGGCCGCCGCACCACCCGCCAGCCGAGGGGCCAGCCGGGAUGACGGCGUCGGUGGGCACAGCUUCCUGAGCCCCUUCACCCGCGAGGCGCUGCGGGCACGCCGAGCCUCCAGUGCCGAGCUGCAGCUGCCCUGGACCUGCCCCGUCACCCACUCCAGGGAGAAGUUCUACACGGUCUGCUCUGACUAUGCCCUGCUCAACCAGGCCCCCGCAGUCUACCGGCCUCCCGGUACUCACACACCCACCGACGCACCGUUCACCAAGCACGAUGACGACACAAGCUUUGUGAAAUCAAGCAACAUAAACCUUUCUCAGGGCCAGGCCGUCGAUGCUUCCAGCAGCUGCGGCCCCAUAGAUGGCGACUUUGACAUGGAAGUGGUGUCGUUUGGCAACACGAAGCCUGUCCUUGCCUGGGAGAUUGACACCACCGACUUUGAUGCCGUUUUGACGCGAAAAACGAGGACAAGCAAUACAAAAAAAUUAAGCUCUAAAAAGAUGAAGUCUGCUGACAGAUCCAGUAAGAAUCUUCCAGACAUCCCACCCCAUGCCUCUCUGGAAGAGAUCAAACAGAGGAAAGUGAUGGACCUGCGGAGAUGGUACUGCAUAAGUCGACCACAAUACAAGACGUCAUGUGGGAUCUCUUCAUUAGUUUCUAUCUGGAACUUCUUGUACAGUACACUGGGAGCCGGAAGCCUUCCCCCCAUCUCACAGGAAGAGGCGUUGCAUAUUCUGGGCUUCCAGCCACCGUUUGAGGAGAUCAAAUUCGGCCCAUUCACUGGCAAUGCAACUCUUAUGCGAUGGUUCAGACAAAUCAAUGAUAAUUUCCGCGUGCGAGGAUGCUCUUACAUCUUGUACAAGCCUCACGGGAAACACAAAACAGCUGGAGAGACAGCGGAGGGAGCUCUACAGAAGCUGACCGCAGGACUGAAGGACGAAGGCAUGGCCUAUAUUUAUCACUGUCAGAACCAUUACUUUUGUCCUGUGGGCUUUGAGGCCACUCCAUUAAAAGCAGCCAAGGCCUACAGGGGGGCUCUGCCUCAAAAUGAGAUGGAGUACUGGAUUCUCAUUGGUGAACCAAGCAGGAAGCAUCCUGCUAUUCACUGCAAAAAGUGGACAGAUAUCGUGACAGAUCUGAACACACAGAAUCCUGAAUACCUUGAUAUUCGUCACACAGAGAGAGGAAUCCAGUACAGGAAAACAAAAAAGGUUGGUGGGAACCUGCACUGCAUCAUGGCGUUCCAACGGGUCAACUGGCAGAAGCUGGGGCCCUGGGCUCUGAACCUGGAGAACCUACGCUACGACCUCCACCAACACCAACACCAAGGGCCAGAGCAGCGGGGCCAAGGCGGCACAGGGGAGCCAUCCGAUGAGAAGUGCUCGGCAGGGGGGAGACAACAGCAGGCGCGACUGGGACGCUCCAACAGCACAGGGAACCAGAAAUCAGAAGCGUCCUGGAAACGGCUAUCCAACACGGCCGAGUACAGGCAGAGGAGCUCCCCCGACAGCGACCUGGAGGAGGACAUUGACUGACAGCUGUCAAUCCUGGGUUCAGAAAAAAAAGUGAAAACCCUGCCACAGAUCCAAAUCAGCUCUGAAUCAGCUGAUUGUAAUCGGGGCUCAAGACAGGUAGACCAGCAACUCAGUGAAGUCACAAGUGUUGGGAAGAAACUGUUGGCAGGGUUUUUACUUCUGAACUGGAGUUUUGACACUGCUCUUGACUAACUAAUCAAUCACACAGAAUUGUGAGUAUUUGUACAUUUGAUGUGAAGGUACUUGUGCAAUUUUCAUUCCCAAAACCAUAACAGAAAGUUUGUAGGGAGAGUGUUCUUGCUGAUGUGAUGUCAUGGAAGCCAGGUUUCAAAACCAUAUCCUAUGUGUGGCGUAGGUGGAUGAUGAGAAUGUUUACUUGACAGAAUAGUUUCCCUCAAGUGUACUCCUAGUGAUAUAGCGGUUUCUCUACCAUGCGUAGGGCAUUGCAGACAACCAAGACAAAACCCUAAUAUAGGCUUUUGCUUUUGUCAAGUGACUUGUAUAGAAAAAACUUACACUACACUAAAGAGAAGGAACUUCCAGCAGAUGGGCAGUAUGCUGACAUCAACACGAGACGAGAAGCCUGCUGUGUAGCAGUUCUGUGUGUGUGUGAUUGUCGUUUUAAUGGUUGUAAACGAUUCAGACUAAAACACUUUUAAUGGACUGUACUGCAUGAAAGGUCGAAAUAGUCAGUAAGACAUUGCCGGCAUUCAAUCAACCUACCUAUUUCCCAUUGGUCUCAGGAGACGUGCUGUUACUACCAAUGCUUUCUCAGAGCAUCUUCCAGCCUUUGCUUACCUAGUUACCCCACCAAGUGGACAAAUCCUAUAUUGGGAGGAUUGGGAUAAAUAAAAUGGUUAUACUGUUGUAUUCUAAAUAGCUGUCCA